AUGUGGUUUGAAAAAGAGGGAUGGGAAAAUAUGACGCGUAUUUUGGGAUAUGCCACUUGUCAUGUUUCCCAUGAUCCAACCGAUGUUCCCUGGGAACUGUUUCAAGGGCUUGAUGAGGGUGCUACGAUGGAAUGGAGGAGGGAGGCAAAGACCCCUCUCUUACACCACGAAGGCAACAGGACGAUCUCCUUACUCAGCGCAUAUCCAGGCACAGGAAGACAAACUCCAUCCUGCUGGCUGCUUUUUCUUUCCUCCCAGGAUGAACCAAGUCUCGGGUCGAAGGAGAAGGAAAAAAGAAUAUACGAUGAUGAUGAAGAUGGGAUGGCUGGAAAGGGAAGGGCAAGCCACGGGCUGAGAGGGAUUCAAUUAGUUCUUGUGAUUUACGACAGGGAACAACCAUCGAACCUGCACAUCCGAAGACGCAGAAGAAGAGGCAGAGCGAGGAAGAAGCAAAGGAUGCAGACGACCGACUUUCGUGCUACUGUAUACUCAACCCUACGAUACUACUAUGCUCCAUCAUCAGCCCACCAAAAGCAGGUCUGGUAG